GAAUAUUUGUAAAUGAAAGAAACUCAGAAGGCCAGAAAAUAAAGAUUCUUUUUGCCCAAAAAAGCAAAGAGAAAGGUUUAAGGGAAAACAAAUAAAUGAAGGAAAUUUUGAAAAAAGAAAAAGAAAUGGUUGGCUUGGUUUCCUAUCCAAGGGAAACAGAACAGAGAAACACUACUUGGAAUGGAGAGUGUAGCAAUGGCAACACUGCUGUCAUGACCAACCUCAUUUCCGCAACUCACGACCACAUUCUCUUCCUGGUGGACUCUUACACGCUGCAAAACUCAUCUUUUCUUUCACCAUACGCGCCACCACCAAUCCCCAACCCUCCUCUUCCUCCACUUCAUAACAGGAACCCGCCAAUUCAGAAUACUCAGCAGACGAGGACCCCUUCGAGACUCGCCUCUCCCCGGUUCGUCUCCGCUACCGCUCUGGAGCCGGAAAGAAAGCCGAGCUCUGGAAGUCCAGGAUAUCCGGAUCCACCACCAGACCCAUCCUCCACCAUCAUGGUGGCACUAUGUACCUCUCCCGGUGCCCUUGAAAGAACCAAUGUCAGGCGGGUUGAAAGUAGACUUCGGGUUUAGCCCCUAGAGCGAAAGGAUAAACGGGGGGAUUGCAAUUCUUGGGUUGACGGCGCUGCGUUUGUUUGAGCUAGCUACAGGUAACGGGGUAAGAGCUUGAUUAAGUAUCACACCUCAGUCAUUAUUUUGAUUCAGGUUUAUUUUGUUGCCACGGUUACUGCUUUAUAUGUCAAGUAUGAUGAAGGGAAAGUUAGUGUUUGCCUGAUUUUUCGCCAAAGAACUGAAUUUGUUGUAUGAUUGAUUAUAUGCGUAGCGUCGUAACACUUUUGGGAUUUGGAUUCAGUUCUUUCAGUUUUAUGAGAAGAAAAUUUACAAGGCCAC